UGAUAAAUCAGUGUUGCAAAAGAGUCGAAGCGGCUUUAGGCGGUCCUCAGUGUUUAUACGUGAUUUAUCAACUAUUUGCAGUUAAAAACACCAACGCAGCAUGCCCAUUGUAGUGAAAACGCAAAACGCUGGCAAAGGCGAUUGGGCCAUUGUAGAGCUGCAAGGUGACCUGGAGGUGAGGAGCAACCAGGAUAUGCACGACCAGUUCAUUGGCGAUCUGUACUAUAACAAAUAUGGCCAACCCAUACUCAUCAUAGGCCAUCACAUUCUUCAGGGACGCGAACAAAAGUUGGAUAAACCGUUUGCGGUGCUGGAAAAGUCCAAGUCCAAUGAGGGCGAACGACUCCUGGAAACGAGCAUGGCCUCGCAGGAUGUCAGUAUGCUGAAUGCCACCACAGGAGCGGAGCGCACAGUGCUGGAUCACACGAUUGCCCAGGAGCACAAGAGUCGCCAGAGAACCGAGUACACUGUGCGCGCUGUUUGCACCAAAAAGUUGAUCUUCAAAUCGCGACCCAAACCAAUUAUAGCCAAUGUAGCCAAAUCCGUUUAGGUCUGUUUCCGAAAAUAUAGUUUUAUUGAAUUUGUA